AUGCUGCAGGCCACUGUCAAGCUGUGCUGUGGCAUCGCCCAUGACCACCUCCGCCACCUGCCCGGCUUGAAGACAACAGCCGUUGCAGCAAUACAAAAGGACAGGAAAGGGCUGGUGGUAAGAGGGUCCCAUCACCUGUCUUCCAAAAUUCCUCCUUACAUUCAGAGGCAGAUGGGGAAGGAGACAGCGGCCUGCCUUGAGCCUUCCAGAGACACCAGCCCCAGCCAGUUCUCUAGUGUGGACCUCUCCUACACCACCCAAGGAGAAGCAGCCCUGCAGCAAUCGCUGAGCAUCCUGCAGCAGCACACCAGCUGGCAGGCAGAAAUGAUGCUGGACAAUGGGGCCACCAUGUCCAGCACUGCCCUCCCCGGGCUGGGCAAGGUGUUUCGGGUUGAGGUGGUCCUGCCCGUGCCGGUUGCGCGGCUGCACCAGGAGCUGUUCGAGAGGAUCGAGCAAAUGCCCCAGUGGAACCCAACCCUCAGCCGGGUGAAGGUGCUGCAGCGUGUUGGGACGGACACGCUGGUGACACACGAGGUCACCGCUCCCAGCCCAGGCAACCUGGUGGGCCAGAGGGACUUCGUCAGUGUGAGGCACCGUGGGAGGAAGGAGACGGCCAUCUACCUGGUGGGCACUGCCACCCACAUCGAGAAGCUGCCCUUACAGGAAGGGUGCAUCAGGGCUGAGUCCCAGCUGAGCUGCAUAGUCCUGCAGCCACUGGCAGGGGACCCCAGCCAUACCCUCUUCACCUGGCUCCUGAGCAUGGACCUGAAGGGCUGGAUCCCCAAGUCUGUCAUUAACCGUGUCCUGCCGCAGUCCCAAGCAGACUUCAUCAAGCACCUUGGCCAGCACCUCUCUACCGCUGCCUGCCCCUGAGCUGCAGGAGGAUGCAGUCUGCCCAACCACAAGGAACACAGUUUGAGCCAGAGACCUGUUCUUGUCCUGCUCAUUGCUGCUGCAGUCAAGGAACCACAGCU